AACACUGUAGCGCAUUUAGUCGAUAUUUAAAAUUUACCUUUGGUAAAUGCAAGAAACCUACACAUGCAAGAAACCUGACUUAUUCGUGUAUGUAAACGCAUACUUGUUAAGGAAAAUAACAAAUUAAGGCUUAUAAUAUAGUAAUUGUAUAAUUCACAGGGCCUCAGUAAUUAAAAAAAUUAUAGUCACUGUCUCGCAUGUAAAUGUGUGAGAUUGUUUAACACACAAAUGCUUUGAAACUCUUUCAACACUAAAUAAAUAUAAUUAUCCCUACAUACGAGAACCAUUGUUUUUAGUUCCCUCAGUAUCUGUUUCCCUUAUUUUGAUUUGUAAUCAGUUAAAAUGCUUAUAAGGGCGUUAUUAGACAAAUCGCGCGAAAUCAGGGUGGCCUAAAGGUCACAUGAUGAUGAUGACGUUGAAAAGUCCGUGCAGAAUUCGCGCCGUUGAUGUUAAGAUGGAAGGAGGGAAGCGAACAUCACAUGCAGCAGCUAGGCUGAUAUGCAUAAUAUUCAUUGUCAUUAUUGAGUUCUACACAUGUGUUGAAACUAGAUGUCCGAGAUGUCCGUCCAGUCAUGGUUUGGUCAAUUGCGCUCUCUACGUACAAAGCAACUGUGUUGCCGUCGAUGUCAAUGUCCAGAUACGCGAAAUUCGGGUUGCAAAGUGCGAUGUAACCAUUGUCGUCAACGGAAAGGCGCCGUUUCCAGUAGUGCGGAGCAAACAUGGAACUCAAUGCCAUGAUCAUGAAUUUGUAUAUCACAAGGAAUCAUCUGUAACUGAGGCACCUACAUCUGUAACUGAGGGACCUACAUCUGUAACUGAAGGACCUACAUCUGUAGCCGAGGGACCUACAUCUGUAGCCGAAAGACGAGCCCCCACAUUUUGGCACAGAAUUCAAUUGUCACUCAGUGAUGUGGGAACUGCUGAGGGACCUACAUCUGUAGCUGAAGGACCUACAUCUGUAACUGAGGGACCUACAUCUGUAACCAAGGGACCUACAUCUGUAGCCGAGGAACCUACAUCUGUUGCUGAGGGAUAUAGAGCUACAUCUGAGCCCCCCACAAGUUGGCACAGAAUUCAACAAUCACUAAGUGAUGUGGGAACUGGAUUUCUGGCUUGGGCAGUUGCAGUUACAUCAUUAAUCAUAUUUUUUGGGCUGAGGAAACUUGUAAAGUUUUUGAUAAAUCGCUGCUGCCCGGAACUUAACAUUUCAGAUAUACAUUUGUUGUCACCAUCAUCAUACACAACUUCAGCAGACACAGACACACCUCAACAACCUAGACAACAAGCCGCUCAGCAAGGACAACACGCCCCCGCUCCCCAGCCAGGACAACAAGCCCCCGCUGUUCAACCGGCACAACAAGCCCCCGUUCCUCAGCCAGGACAACAAUCCCCCGCUGUUCAACCGGCACAACAAGCCCCCGCUCCUCAGCGAGGACAACAAGCCCCCGCUGUUCAACCGGCAAAACAAGCCCCCGCUCCUCAGCGAGGACAACAAGCCCCCGCUGUUCAAUCGGCACAACAAGCCCCCGCUCCUCAGCCAGGACAACAAGCCCCCGCUGUUCAACCGGCACAACAAGCCCCCGCUCCCCAGCCAGGACAACAAGCCCCCGCUGUUCAACCGGCACAACAAGCCCCCGCUCCUCAGCCAGGACAACAAGCCCCCGCUGUUCAACCGACACAACAAGCCCCCGCUCCCCAGCCAGGACAACAAGCCCCCGCUGUUCAACCGGCUCAACAAGCCCCCGCUCCUCAGCUAGGACAAGUCCCCGCUGUUCAACUGGGACAACAAGCCCCCGCUGUUCAACCGGCACAACAAGCUCCCGCUCCUCAGCAAGGACAACACGCCCCCGCUCCACAGCAGGGACCAACUACUAGAAGCAAAACAGCAAGAAAGAAACUAAUGUUUGAAAGUCAGUAAGAUUUAAUAUUUUGAUGAAUGUAUAGUCUGUACUUUUAUGAAGUAUGAAAAUUUGAAAUUUUGAUGACGUUGUAUCAAGUAAUUUUUUUAAUGAAUGUACAUGUAGUACAAUGGUAUUGUUUAAUUAAGGACAUUGACUCGUUAUUUUUUCUGUUGUGUUUUCCUAGGGUUGCUUUUUAUGUUUUUUUUUGUAUUUUUUUUUAAUUUUUAUUUUAUGCGACAGUUUGUCUUUUACUUGAAUACUGAUGGAAGGAAAAUUUUAACUCCUGUCUUUAUUUGUUGAUAAGUAUUAUGAUUUACACAUGACAGUGAUUAUUUGGUGAUUUUUGCCAUGCGCAAUUGAUGUUGAAUGAUGUUUAAGCUUUUUUAUUUUUUUAAAACUGAUAAUUGUGAUUUACACCUAACAUUGAUCAUUUGCUUAUUAUAAUUGUGAUGUUUAAGUUAUGACGUUAGGGUUAAUUGGUGUAGAACGUAUUCCUAUAGAAUAAUAUUUAAUAUCCAAUAUUUAUAGAUUACAACCCUUAAUAUU